AUGAACGCAUCCGGGGAUACCACCAGUGUGUGGGCCGACAUGUACAACCAGAUGGGUGAUGUAAUGACAGCCCUGGCAAAUGUUAAUGCUACACAGUCUGCAAAUAGCUUGGAUGAUCUAAUGAAGGAAGGCAUGUACGGGAAAAAGUUGUUUACCAAGCCUCCGAAUGGUACAAACGCCUUCAUUACGAGUUCCAUCUUCAAUUCUUGUAUCUUUCUGGGAGGGGUGUUGGCCUUCAGUAUGCUGCGCCGGAAGUUCCCAGGUACGGUUCCACCUCAGAUUCUUACAUAUGAUGCGUGA